AUGACAUGCUAUCACUCUCGUCCUUUCUAUCUAUCUCCCCUGUACUGUCACCAUUCCCGAUCGAAAAAGAUUCUGCGAGAAAAAGUCACUUCUAACAUCAAGCUUUCUUCUUUCAACGAUAGAAGGAAACACAGACAGAGGGGUUUUGGGCACAAGAGGAAAAAACAGUUUUUGGGUAAUGUGAAUGAUGUAGACGUUAUGCUUAGUUUAUUAACAGAUGAGGUGGGUUUGGAGUAUAGUGGUGAAAAAGACUGUAAAAAGACCGAUAAGAAUCACUUUAUAUGUGAUAACAUGGAAAAGAAAAUUGUAGAUUCUGGGGUUAUGAAAAAAGAUCGGAGGUGUGAUAAAGAACUAGGGAAAAUACUGGAGAAGAAAGAUACUGUAAAAGGACAUUAUGGAGAAUCAGUUGAUAGAGUCACUAACAAAUCAGGAUCAAGAAUGAAGUAUAAACAAUUCGAGAAACUUUCAGAUAAAGAUAACAGUGUUAUUGAUUCAACUUUCAGCUCUCAGAAGUUAAAAGUGAUUUCAGAAGUGAGAAAACCUCAGAAAAUUAACUUGAGUGGGACAUCUUCAAUGUCUGAAAGUAGAAUGAAGAACUGUGAAGAGAUAUCUACUGAAGUUAGUCAUAUGGUUAAAGACAUCAAAGAAGAAAAACAUCAGAAAACAGACCAUUUGAUUAAAAUAACAACAGUUUCCAGUGAGCAUGAUGAUUCAAGUUUAGAAAUGAAAAUGGUGGAAGGAAUCACGGAUAGUGGUCAUAAAGGGCCUUCUGAUGAGAUGUGGCACAUGACUGAUGCAUCAGAUCUUGACAUAACAUCUUCAAGUGAGAUUGUUGAUGGUGUCAAGAAAAAUAUCAGGUCCUUGUUGACAAUUAUCGGGGAUGUAAUCCGAUUCCGGUGUUCAUCUCCACGUUCGGAAUCCCACAUUCCAAACUCAGGUGGCGGAAAGUGUUCCUCAUGUUUGUCUAUUACUAGCGAAGCAUGGUUUUCUAGUCAUGAUUCCAAUAACGAUUCCAUUCCUUGUAAUCAAGAAUCACCGAUUCCAUUCCCCCCAACCAAGAAAACUUCUCAUGUGUCUUUGAGUGAUUCCAAGUUUGAUGAAUUGGAAGAGGCGUAUAGUUUUGAGGCUAAGAAACGAAAAGAAGAUGAAAUGUUUAUGAGGGAAGCACUUUUGGAAGCUAAAAAAGCUGCUGAUGUAUGGGAGGUGCCUGUUGGAGCUGUACUUGUGCAUAAUGGUAAAAUUAUAGCUCGUGGAUAUAAUUUGGUAGAAAAAUUACAUGACUCCACUGCUCAUGCAGAGAUGAUUUGUAUACGUGAAGCCUCAAAAACCCUUGGAUCGUGGAGACUUUCGGAUACUACUCUUUAUGUAACACUUGAACCAUGUCCCAUGUGUGCUGGAGCAAUUUUACAAGCCAGAAUUGACACACUUGUAUGGGGAGCUCCAAAUAAGCUAUUAGGAGCUGAUGGUAGCUGGAUUAGACUAUUUUCCGAUGGGAAUGAAGGAAAAGACGCCAAUGUAGUAGAUAAACUGUCUGCUCCUGUGCACCCGUUCCACAAAAACAUGGUGGUUAGAAGAGGAGUAUUGGCGGAAGAGUGUUCCAGAAUCAUGAAAAAUUUCUUUCGAUUAAGAAGAAAGAAAAAGUCGGAACCGGAAUCACUGAUUCCGCCGGAACUGGAAUCGCCAAUUCCACCGGAAUCACUGAUUCCGCCGACAUCUAUUACCGUUUCUCAUCAUGGUUCGGACUUUUUAUCCAAGAUCCAGCAUGCCUUUAAGAUCAUCUUUUGUUUAUAG